GAAAGAGGGAACAUGCUUGUCAUUUUCAACAAUAUUGGGUGCUUUUUAUUACAUUCUUCCUCCCCUUUCAUGCCAAUAUUGUAGAUAUAUCUAUUUCAGCCCCUUUUCUGUAUUCUUCUCACUCUCCUAACUGUCAUUUUCCCCUACAGGAUUCGCCGACUAGCUCAGCUUGCUCUAUCUAUCAUCUAUCUAUGUGAGCAGAUUUGUACUUGGUAUUCAAAUUUUAUCGGCGUUUUUGGAAUCGUUCUGCUCUCGGCGAUCUCUCUUUCAUUGCUGCUGUAUUUUCACUUUAUGAGCUAUUGGCUACUGAGGGUAGAUGCCUGUUGCAAAACUCAGCACUACCAGUGCUCCAGAUGCAAUGAGAUCAGAUGAAGGCAACAAUUCACUUGAUACAUUCAUUAGGCAAGCUAUAGGGAAAGAGCAUCUUCUUUCAUUCUCAAAAACUGGGGAUAACCCUUUACAGUGGGUCCAGUUGCUUCAUGGCAUAGAUCAGCCAGAUCUCACAGGAUGGCCUUUGCUGACUUCAUCAAAGUUUCAAAUGCAAAAGUGUGAUAAAUGUUCUCAGGAAUUUUGUUCACCUAUUAACUAUCGAAGGCAUACACGCUUCCACCGUCGAUCGUUCAAUUUUGAAAAGGAAUCUCGUAAGUAUAGGGAUUUACUGGGAGCAUACUGGGACAAGCUCUCAUUAGAAGAGAUUAAAGAAGUCACAUCACUGAAUGACGUUUCACUAAAGGAAGUCUCUGGUGCUUCACUUAUCGACGAACUGAAUCGCUUUCUCCACAGAGCAGAUGUUUGGACUAUUCCCACAGUUUAUGCAAAUGCUGGUUCUACACUAUUGGAACUCAUUCAAGCAAAACCUUCCGUGAUUCCAUUAUCAUCUCAGGAUCUAUUUAGCAUCCUUGAUGAUGCUAGUGAGAGGACAUUCCUAUGUGCCGGUACAGCUGAAUCAGUGCAAAAGUAUAUAUUUUACACCAAUGUUAAAAAGGAUUGUCAUGACUCGAAGAAUGUAAUUGCAUGCACUUGCUUUCUUUUUGAGCAGAAGCUGAUGAAAGCAUGGCUUGCAGACAAAGACGCUGAGGCAUUGAGAUGCCAAAAGCUGCUCAUUGAGGAGGAGGAAGCUGCCAAGAGGAGGCAAACCGAGUUGUUGGAAAAGAAACGGCAGAAAAAACUGAGGCAGAAAGAACAGAAAGCAAAGGAUCAGCAGAUUUAUGAGGGAAAAGUGAAUGUCAGUAUGACUGCUGCUGAUUCUUUAGAUGAUGAUCCACUAGUGGUAGAAGAAACAUCAAGUCCCCCAUCAACACUGUCCGAUUUCAAUUCCAGUACUACGCAUGAUCCACUAGUGGUAGAGGGAACAUCAAGUCCCCCAUCAGUUCUGUCAGAUUACAAUUCCAUUACUACCCAUGGUACAUCAACCGACAAAUCAUCCACCAUAGAAACAAUUCACUUUUCACUUGUAGAUACAGAUAUUGAACAGCUUGAUUUCUUCAAUGAACCCAAUCCCGUGCUUCCAACCACCCGACGACAAUUUUCCAAUAGUCACUGGUGGCAGGUACAGCAGUCUCAGAGGAUUUGGCGAAAUGGAAUCUCUAUCAAUCGAGAUCAUAAUAAUCCUACAAAGAAUGGUAAGAUAUGGACGAAGAAAGUCAGGGUAGAAAACGAUACAAGUCCAAGUCAAGGAGAUGAAUGUGAAAUGAUAAUUGGGUGUAUUUCGGUUCCAGUGAAAAAGGGCAUUACGUGUGAUCAACUGGAGAACAAUAACUCUUUGUCAAAGAAACAUGAUGGCACAAACAAGCUUUGGAGGCCUGUGAGCAGCCAUGUUGGAAGCAGAGGCAGACAAGAUAAUGUGGAUGAACUUCCAUCAAAAGAUGAUAAUAAUACUGUUAUAGCCAGUAGGAAUUGUGUGCGAUCCUUCGAUAUGGGCAAUUGCAACACGAACAGUUUGGGUAAAGUCUUGGAAGUUGAUACACAUGGAAAAUGUUUGCGGUUCUCCAGUAGUGCUGUGAAAGAGUUUCUUGCACAGAGAUGGAAGGAGGCCAUUGCAGCAGAUCACGAGAUAUUAGUCCUCUCCCAUGUCCCUGAAUCUCUAGCGUGCCUCAAUGCUCGAUGUAGAAGUCCAAAAAUUGGAGUGGUCAAUCUCAACUGGAAGUCUACAACAAAACCAGACAAUGGUAUUCGCAAGCACGUUUUAAAACCAAAAAACUGAUAUUUGGACAGCGGAGAAGAGUUUUGUUAUUUUAGGAAUAGCUGCUUAUACACCCUUGUGGGGGACCCUUCCCCAGAUCCUCCCUUGCGGGGAUGGCUCUGUCCACCAGGUUGCCCUUUAGGAAUAGCUUUGAAGUCAACUUUGAAAGUGGUCUUCUGAUAGCAACUGAAAAUAUUGAAAAGUAUUCUUUGUAGCAAACAUUUUUUGAAGAGGAAUAACUUUGUAGUUCUGCUCACUUCAGCCUGUCUGUAUUAUUUUCCUUUUUGCAUUUCUUUCAUUUUGCGCAGCAAAUUUUUCUGUAAUAAGUUGUAAUUUUCAUAAAUUACUAAUAAGUUCUUUGACUUCUUGAUUGGCCUUUGUGAAUUGUGAUGCCUCGUUAUAAUGUUAUAUCCAGCUGCGUGAUCCCUCCCCUUUUA